CUCGAAUCUAAGCCUUCAAAUGCCAGCUGAAAACGUUGAAACUGUUUUGGAACAAACUGUUGAUGAAACCAUCGACAACCCAGACGUCAUCAAGAAGUACAAACUUGCUGCCGAAAUUGCUAAUGAAACCAUGAAGCAUAUUCAAGGUUUGAUGAAGCCUGGUGUCAAGGUUAUCGAAUUGUGUUCUGCUGGUGAUUCUUUCAUGGAAGAAAAGAUUAAACAUGCUUAUAAGAAGUCCAAGGGCAUGAAGAAGGGUAUUGCUUUCCCAACUUGCGUUAACGUUAACGAAACUAUUUGCCACUUCACUCCACUCGACAAUACACCAGAAGCUGCUAUCACAUUGAAGGAAAAUGAUGUUGUUAGAGUUGAUUUGGGUGUUCAAAUUGAUGGAUUCAUCUCCAACAUUGCUCAAACUUAUAUUUUGACUCCAAACGUCGUCUCCGGUAGAGAAGCUGACUGUCUUGCUGCUGUUCAACAAGGUAUGGAAGUUGCUCAACGUUUGAUGAAGCCAGGAAAGACCAACACUGACCUCAUUCAAGCCCUCCAAAAGGUUGCUCGUGCUUUCAAUGUUAAAUGGGUUAACGGUGUUUUGUCACACGAAAUUAAGAGAGAUGUUGUUGACGGAAAGAAUGUUAUUUUGUUGCACGAAGAUGCUGACCAAACUGUUGACGAAUUCAAGUUUGAAUCUAACCAAGUUUUCUGUUUGGAUUUGGUUGCUUCAACUGGUGAUGAAGCUAAGUUGCGUGAAGGUACUUCUAGAACUACUGUCUACAAGAGAGAACCAUCCGUUCUUGUUGAUUUGAAGGUUAACGCUUCUCGUAAGGUUUAUGAAGAAAUCAAGGAUAAAUUCGGUGCUGUUCCAUUCACUGUUAAGCACUUAGAUCCUAAGUUGGGCAGAAUGGGAGUUUUGGAAUUGUUGAACAAUAGAAUGAUUGAUCCAUACCCAGUUUUGGUUGCCAAGAAGGGUGAAUUUGUUGCUCAACAAAAGUCAACAAUCCUCAUUGCUAAGAAGCAAGUCCAAAAGAUUACUGGUUUGCCAGUCCAAUCAUUCCAAUCUGAAAAGAGUAUUCAAGAUGAACAAGUUCUUGCUGUUUUGAAGACUGAUUUGAAGAUUGUUCCAGAAGCCAAGAUGGACGAAACUGAUUAAAUUUCUUUAUAAAAUAAAAAAAAACUUAAUU